AUGCGUUGUUUUACUAACGACAUUUAUUACGGUCUAUUGAGAUUAAGAAUACUGAUCUUUAUACGCAUAAUUUGUCGUGUUGCAGGUCGCAACGAGUUGAUCGCUCGUUAUAUUAAAUUGAGGACCGGUAAAACGAGAACGCGAAAGCAAGUAUCUUCGCAUAUACAGGUUCUCGCGAGAAGAAAACUCCGGGAAAUACAGGCAAAACUCAAAGUGCAAUUUUGGCAGCCAGGUCUACAACCAGGAACGUCCCAGGAUGUCAAACCCUUCCCUCAGCCUGCCUACACCGGAAAACCGGCGACAGCGGUCUCGAGCGGUGAUUUGGUCCAAGCGCAGCCUGCACCACCAUGGGAAGGACGCGCCAUCGCGACCCACAAGCUCAGGCUUGUCGAGUUUUCGGCCUACAUGGAGCAGCAAAGAGAACAGGAGAUUUACCACAAACACCUGUUCGUCCAUAUAGGAGGUUCCGCGACCUACGCCGAUCCGCUGUUGGAAGCGGUCGACGUUAAACAGAUAUACGACAAAUUCCCGGAAAAGAAGGGCGGUCUGAAAGAACUUUACGAUAAAGGACCGCAAGCGGCUUUCUUCCUCGUUAAGUUUUGGGCUGAUCUCAAUAGCAACAUCCAAGAUGAAAGUGGAGUAUUCUACGGCGUCACGAGCCAGUACGAGAGCAACGAGAACAUGACGAUAACGUGUUCGACGAAAGUAUGCUCCUUCGGAAAGCAGGUAGUAGAGAAGGUGGAGACGGAAUAUGCCAGGUUUGAGAAUGGCAGGUUCGUUUACCGUAUUAGCCGUUCACCUAUGUGCGAAUAUAUGAUUAAUUUCAUCCACAAACUGAAGCACCUGCCAGAGAAGUACAUGAUGAACAGCGUUCUCGAAAAUUUCACUAUUCUCCAGGUUGUCACGAACAGGGAUACGCAGGAAACAUUAUUGUGUACGGCAUAUGUGUUCGAAGUAUCGACAUCUGAACACGGUGCUCAGCAUCACAUAUACAGAUUGGUCCAAGACUAG